AUGGAAGGAGAUUCUAAAUCUUCGAAGACUUUUUCAGGAAUUCCUGAAGCAGUAUUUGUUGACAAUGUAGAUGAAUUUAUGAGCCUGCCUGAAAAUUCUGGAGGUGUUGAAAAGGUUUUAAGAAAAUUAGAUGAACAACAUGGGAAAUAUAAAUUCAUGGAAUAUACUUUGGCUUCCAAAAGAAGAAGGCUACGUCAACAAAUACCAGAUCUUGCACGAUCUUUGGAAAUGAUUGAAAAAUUAAAAUCUGAAAAGGAAGACAUGCAAACUCAUUUUCUUUUGAGUGAUCAAGUUUUCGUGAAGGCCAGUAUUAAUCCAACGAAAACAGUAUAUUUAUGGCUUGGAGCAAAUGUUAUGUUAGAGUAUACUCUUGAGGAUGCUGAAAAAUUACUGACAACAAAUAUGGCAACCGCAAAGAAAAAUUUGUCAUGCGUUGAACAUGAUUUAGAUUUCUUACGGGAUCAAUGGACCACUACAGAAGUAAAUAUGGCUAGAGUUUAUAACUGGGAUGUUAAAAGACGUCAGGCUGCAAAAGCAUCU